GAAAAACCACGUCCGCUUCAGGGUGGUGAACGCAUAUCAGAAAUGUACUUACAGUCGCUGCGAGACCGUGAAUCGCUAUGGCAAUUUCGGAUGACCCCAUCAGAACUUCUCGAACUUGCUCGAGUUUUGCGAUUGCCUAGUGUGAUUAGAACUGAAGGCAGGCACAAAUUCACUGCUAUUGAAGCAUUGGGCCUGACUUGUGCUCGCCUCCGCUCGUCCGGUGACUUGUACGAGCUCGUGUCCAAGUUUGACCGCUCUGCAGCGGCAAUUUCUGAAAUCGUUACCUGGGUCAUCAUUUUCAUUGAUGAAAAAUGGGGUCAUCUCCUAGAAUUCGAUCAUGAGCAUCUGCUUUCCCCCCAUAACUUGGAGAAAUAUGCAGAGGCAGUCCACAAACGUGGUUCCCCUUUGACCGGAGUCUGGGGAUUUAUUGACUGCACCAUACGGCGUAUUUGUCGGCCAUCGCAUUGGCAACGGCAAGCAUACAACGGUCACAAAAAACACCACGCACUCAAGUUUCAGGCUGUCAUGCUG